CGGUUUUGUACGACAGUUGCGACCCACGCUAGCCGGCGUUCUUUUGUUGGAGCCAGUUGCAUGUUGGCAUUCGUAGACUUGAGUUAUUUGCGCUCUCGAAGUAGUUAUUUUCACAUCAAUUGGCUUUGAAUAAUAUUUUAUUUUAUCAUAGCAUAAAUUCUUGGUAACCAUUCACUUUGACAAUACUUUGGAGAUAUUCCUUAACUAUUUUUAGAUUAAUUCAAAGAAUAUAAUUCAAGAUUUUGAAAAUAAUAAAGAGGUUAAGGUUAUACAAAUGUGAAGUUAGAAAUGAGCGAAAAAAGUCCAAGUGUACUAGCAAAGUUAAUUGUGUAUUGUGUAUUGUAAAUUAUUGAUGGUUAACUAAUGACGUUAACAAGAGUUUCUUCAAGUAAUUUGACUAGUUGUGUGAUGAUUUUUUAUUGCAAGUAAGGUAAAAAAAAGUGUUAUAUUCAAGUGGAAAAAACAAACCAAAGAAAAUUCACGUGUUCAAACAAACGACAGUGUGUCUGUUGUACACGACAGAUAGUUAAACAUAUCCCCAGGUAUCUUGACUCUAAAUAAACACAAGCGAACUACGUGAUCCUGUGUAUGAGUAUACGCAAAAAAAUACUGAAACCUUUGAUUAUUGCCGCUAGAAAAAAUGUUAAGUGAAUCUAAAUCCUAGUUUUACCAAAAAAUAAAAAGAGUAUAACGAAGAUACCAUGGCAAAUUGCAAGUCUGAUGCAGCUUCAAGGUCCUGUUGGAUUCUUUAUCCUUUCUUAUUUCUUAGUAUCGCUGUCUGCAUCACCGCAAGCCCUCCACCUCCACGUGAUGAUGAACUCGAAGAUUAUUGCUCAGCUCACAAGUUUGAUAAAUUACCUGGAGGCUUGCGGUUCACCAAAGAAGUUGUUACAACUGAAUACGCAAAUGUUGGUGCCUUUAAAGCUAUUCAUUGCUGUUUACGAGGUUACAGAAGUAUAGAAUGGUACAAAGAUGACAAAGCAUAUCCGUGGCCAGGAGCUUUAAGCCAUUUUAUUUUGUAUCCUGAAAGUGCCAAUCAAACUAUCUAUACCCAAACUGUAAGACUUUCUGAUGCCGGGAAAUACUCCUGCAGAGCUAGAAAUGAUACGACUACUCUCGCUGGUGAUAUUACACUUGAUAUUGUUGGAGAAGAUGCAAGUGGUUACACAGGAAAGCCAUUACCAACCUAUAAACCAAUAUCUCAGUUAGUGCCUCUUGGUGGAUCGGCUCGACUCUUUUGUGAGGCUUACUUAGGCAAAGUUGAUCUUCCUGAUGUAAAGAACUCUGUUACUUGGACAAAGGCAACAAGUAAUGUCACUGUUCCAAGCAAUGGUAGAGUUUCACAGCAUCGAGUCUCCAGGGAAGACGAACAGAUUGUUGGAUCUUACUUGGAAAUAGAGGCAACAACACCAGAGGAUUAUGGUGAGUACGAAUGCCGAAUCAGCAAUGGUGCGGAUGAUGACAUGACGCUAUCAGCUCACAUUUAUCGUCGAGAACCUCAAUUUAUCCUUGGAUUACGAUCAGGAUCUUGGAGAAAAGCACUUUUGCUUGCGGUAGUGUGUCUCGUCCUGAUAGUUUCAACUAGUGGUUUUUAUUUAAGAUGCUGGUUACCCAUUACUGUUUUUUUAAGAGAUCGAUUUUCUUCUGUUGAUGAAAACGAUGGAAAAUCCUUUGAUGCGUUAGUUUGUUACCAUGAAAAAGAUACAAAUAUUACAAUUGAAUCUUUAGUUUCUACAUUGGAGAAGAAGUAUCACUAUAAAUGUAAUUUAUUAGAAUUAUCACCUUUAAAUCGCAAUUGGAAUUUGGAAAUUGCUCCUCAUGCGUCAUCAGCCCGAAGAAUAAUUGUAAUAUUAAGUUCAAACUCUCUGGAAAAUGAUUGGACUGAAGCUAAUGUAAGCUUAGCACUUAAACAAUUAUCAUUAAUAUCAAACCGUAUUAUUGUGAUUAUUUUGAAUGAAUUUUUAAACGUUGCGUCUUUCGCUAAAUCUACUGGACAUUGUAUUGACACUGUUCGUACUGAUGAAAUCACUCUUGACAAAAUAACUAUUUUAAGAUGGAAUAUAAAUUCGGCAAAAGAUGCCGGCAGUUAUAAAUUUUGGUGUAGAUUAAGAUUAGCGAUGCCUCCUGUACGAUUUAUGUCUCGUAUGCCAACAGAAUGUCAAUCAGUUGCUAUGAUGGUUCAAACCACUGCUAUGAAAUCUGUCCCACAAAAAGCUCAAUCACGCGAAAGCUUAGAAGUGCUUGUAUAAAUUACAUAUUUUUUAUGAUUAAAAUAUCAUUUUAUUACUCCAAUUGUAUAAGUAAAUAUUGUAAAAUAUUUCUUAAGUGGACGCAAUGCAUCGCUAAAAAAUUUAGUAAUAAUUUUGUAGAUUGUUUCUUUAAUUGUACAACUUUUUGAGUACAAUUUGUAAAUAUCAAAAACGUCCAACCAUUUUUAUGUUUUUUAUA